GCGUCGGGUCAGGCUGAUGCUGCUGUGGCUUCUCUCCCGGUUCCCUGCUUGCCGGCAAGAUAAAGGGCUGAAGUGCCCGGUGUGCCUGCUGGAGUUCGAGGAGGAGGAGGUCGUCAGGAGGAUGCCCUGCCAGCACCUCUUCCACGCGGGCUGCAUUCUUCCUUGGCUUGGAAAGACCAACUCCUGCCCUCUCUGCCGCCAUGAGCUGCCCACCGACGACGAGCAGUAUGAAGAGUACAAGAAGGACAAGCUGCGGAGACAGGAGCAGGCCCACCGACUGGAGUGCCUGCACGGCGCAAUGUACACGUGAUGGCUGGCCGGCUGGCCGUGUCCUCCCCCCGUCCUCCCCUCUGGGCGGCCAGAGGCCUGCCCGUGCUCCCCCACUGCAAGCUCACCCGCAGCUGCCAGGGACAGGAUGCCGUGGGCCGUCAAGAUGCAGCACCCCCCCCCUCGAGACACCCCUCUCUUCCAUCCCGGCAAGGGCUGGUAGUCUGUUAGAAGUCCGUGCCCCCAGCUUAAAAUAAAUUCUUUGCUAUGCAACUUC